AUGGAGGAGAGCAACUCAAGCAUACAGAGCACUUCCAGCAAGUCAUCCUCCAAAAAGACAAACUUCCAGUUUACUUAUGAUGCCGAUAAUUACUUACUAGAUUUAAUCUACAGAAACAGAGAAGAUAUAUUUACCAGGGGAAAUAAACUUAGAACAUGGAAACACAUAUUGACUCAGUUCAAUUCUAGGUUUGAUUCUGGGAUUGUCCAGACUCGUACUAUAAGCCAUAGGUUUCAAAAUCUAAUUGCAAACCUUGAGAAAAAGCUUAUACAUGUCCCUCUGAUGCUUGAACCUGGAUUGUUGAACGAAAAUGAAACAAUUUUGAUGGAGAUAGUCGAGCUCAUGAUCAAGACUAACUCAGGUAUUAGUUUCACUUUGGCUGAUCUAGUUAAGAAGGUGUAUAGACCGACAGAAUCUCAUAGCCACGAUAGUGGAACAAACUCAGAGGUUAGGAUAAGUCCAACACCCAACCCCAGAGCAGCACCGACCCCAGUUCCAACAACAAUUCAUCAAAACCACUUUAAUACAAUAAAUGGAUAUGAAGAGCAACUUCGUUUGGCAGAAACUGCAAAUAAUUAUGUUCAACUUAAGAGUCAAAAACCAUUGCAACAACAGCAUAAUAAUGCCCAAAUCCCAGAUCAACCAAUGCUUAUACGUGGGAAAUCACACGAGUUUCACGGAUGUAGAGAUCAGUAUAUACCCGACCCUUCCAUCCGUCCCCCUGAACAUAAUCACAACAACAUACAAGUUUUGGAAUCUUCGUCACUGUACAAAGACAGAUCGAGCUCUAACGGACUGAUUGAACGAAACAUGUAUUAUUCAACACACCGGGAGGAACCCCAUGUACAACACAGUAGCAGCACAGGAAGAAACCCCGAUCCUCGUUCAAUGAUGUCCCACGACCAGGAAAUUUUCAGCAAGUUUCUUUUGUUGAGAAACGAAUACAAUGCACAAAUGAAUAACAUUAAGCUUGAAAUUCGUCAAUUAAGAAACGAGAUUGAUUUCAAAGUGAAGAAGAUCGAAGAUUCAAUUGCAGUUUCUAAUGAUAGUAUGGAUGAGAAACUAGCUAAUUUUUAUGAGCUACUUAUGGCUAAGCGGGAUUGGAACCAUAGGAUUGACCGCAUGUCAGAACCCAACGAGAAUAGAAAUAUAGAGCAAAACUUCGGAGCAACCAGCUCUUGA